AAAACAGUGUCCUUCUUCCAUGGUUUUUCCCUCUCCUUCCUUCCCCACUUCGCAAACUGAUUGGUGCUUCUAAUAACGAUGGCAGCUCAGAUUCUCCAAAUUCCACCACGUCCUAUAAAUACCCAAUUCACUCGCUCCCUUCUCCCUACAACACAACCAGAACAUUCUUUGUCAAUUGUCAACGCUCGGAUAAACAGCCAAGAACAUCAUAAGAUCUUUGCUACUAAAACAUGUCGUGCACUGACAGGAAAGUCAUACGCUGCAGAGCCGCCGUGGCAUGGGAAGCAGGGAAGCCGCUGGUCAUAGAAGAAGUGGAGGUGGCUCCUCCGCAAGCAAUGGAGGUCCGUCUCAAGGUCCUCUAUACCGCCCUCUGCCACACCGAUGUCUACUUCUGGGAGGCCAAGGGACAGACCCCAGUAUUCCCCAGGAUAUUCGGUCACGAAGCAGCGGGGAUCGUGGAGAGUGUGGGUGAGGGCGUGACAGAGCUGAAGCCCGGAGACCAUGUCCUGCCCGUGUUCACAGGGGAAUGCAAGGAGUGUCGGCAUUGCAAAUCGGAGGAGAGCAACAUGUGCGACCUUCUCAGGAUAAACACUGACAGAGGAGUGAUGCUGAACGAUGGCAAGUCGAGAUUCUCCAUCAAUGGGAAGCCCAUUUAUCACUUCGUUGGGACUUCCACCUUCAGCGAGUAUACUGUGGUCCAUGUAGGAUGUCUUGCGAAGAUUAACCCUGCUGCUCCCCUUGACAAAGUUUGCAUUCUCAGCUGUGGAGUUUCUACAGGUCUUGGGGCGACCUUGAAUGUCGCAAAGCCUCCAAAAGGUUCUACAGUGGCCAUCUUUGGACUCGGAGCCGUUGGCCUCUCUGCCGCUGAAGGAGCUAGAAUUGCUGGAGCUUCGAGGAUCAUCGGUGUCGAUCUCAACCCAAAAAGGUUCCAUCAAGCCAAGAUGUUCGGUGUUACUGAAUUUGUGAACCCAAAAGACUACGACAAGCCUGUGCAGGAGGUGAUUGCUGAAAUGACGGAUGGAGGAGUCGAUCGAAGUGUUGAGUGCACUGGGAAUAUUAAUGCCAUGAUUUCUGCAUUCGAAUGUGUCCAUGAUGGAUGGGGUGUAGCUGUACUUGUUGGUGUGCCGAACAAAGACGAUGCCUUCAAAUCCCACCCGAUGAAUUUCUUGAAUGAGAGGACUCUCAAGGGUACCUUCUUCGGCAACUACAAGCCGCGGACUGACCUCCCUUCAGUUGUUGAGAUGUACUUGAAGAAGGAGCUCGAGCUGGAGAAAUUCAUCACUCAUGAAGUCACCCUCUCCGAGAUCAACAAGGCAUUCGACUACAUGCUUAACGGGGAGAGUAUCCGGUGCAUUAUUAGAAUGGACUAGAGAUGAGGCCAAUUCCAUUGGAAGUUUAUGUUCUGUAUAUGUCGGAAGAACUUACUAGUGGGAGAUGAACGCGAUCAUGUUAUACGAAUAAAAGUUGCUGCCGGAGAGUGAUCCUCUUUUGUAAUUUGGCGUGUCGGUUUUUCUCUUCUUCUAUUAUGAACAUAAAAACUACUGUGUUAUUUCUCUUGGAUAUGCAUAGACCAUUCUGUUUCUUGAAUAAUAACUUAGAGCGUUUCUGUUGUAUAAGAAA